AUGCCAGGUUCCAGUUCCGCAAACGACCACACUUCAACCACAAUAAUACGACGAACCCCUCCAUACAUUCCCACAACCCUCGAGACCGUCCUCCUCUCCCUCUAUCCCUCAAUCCUCAUCCUCGGCUCCGUAUUCGCCCUCCUAGACCCUUCCACUCGCGCGGCGCCCUACAACACAACCACGCAAUCCCACCACGCCCCCGAAACCGCACCUUCAUACUUCGCGAAGAAGAGUAACCUCUUCAAUGUCUUCUUCGUGAAGCAAGGUUGGGCGUGGGUGACAUGCAGCUAUUUCUUCUUCCUCUUCACGCACCCAUCGACCGGCACGCCCUUCUCCCUCGUCCUCACCCGCCGUCGGAUCCGCGGUGCCCUGAGAUGGGGGAUUGUUACGAUAUGGUGGAUAGUCAUAACACAGUGGUUCUUCGGCCCGCCAUUUAUUGACCGCGGAUUCGUCCUCACGGGCGGGCAGUGCGAGUCGCUCGAGGCUGCGAAGGCGGGGGAAGUAGAUAUGGAUAUGCCGCGACUAUUCGUUACGGGCGUGACGUGUAAGGCUGGGGGGGGCCAGUGGAGGGGCGGUCAUGAUAUUUCCGGACAUGUGUUUUUGCUGGUUCUGGGAAGUAUGUUCCUCCUAGAGGAGGUGUUGUAUGUUGUGCUCAGGUCGACCGGGUCCAAGGAGGAGAGGACGGUGUAUAUGCUUGAUGGCGCGGUUAAAAGCGCCGAGGUUGAGGCUGCAAAUGAGAUACAGUAUGGGACGGCGGAAAGACCUAAGAUGUGGACUAUUGGGGCGAAGGUUGCGUUGGGUGUUGCGGGCCUGAGUAUUUACAUGUUGUUGAUGACAGCCGCGUAUUUCCAUACUUGGCUUGAGAAGCUUACCGGCCUACUAGUAGCAUUCGCUGCAAUAUUCUUUGUGUAUUUCCUACCGCGAGUCGUCCCAGCGCUCAGAGGCAUAAUCGGCGUCCCUGGAAUUUAG